AUGAAACUUCUCACAGCCCGCCGCUUCGCCUUUACAGGCCAGGGGCAGACUGUCAUCAACGCCGUUGCGGUCGCUUCAGGUCUUGGAAUGCUGUGGCUGGGGUACGACCAGGGCGUCAUGGCUGGUCUGAUAGGUGCUGAAGGCACGCCAUUCAGCAACACCUUCAAAAACCCCAAUGCGGCUUCUCUUGGACUUAUGGUUGCAAUCUACGAGAUCGGAUGUUUUUUUGGAGCUAUGUUUGCCUUUAUGAGAGGCGACUACUACAGUCGCCGUACCUGCAUGGUUCUUGGAGUUAUUGUUAUGGCUGUUGGUGCUACUAUCCAGACUACUGCCUACACUAUGGGACAACUCAUUGCGGGCCGAGUCAUUACAGGCUUGGGAGACGGACUGAAUUUCUCCACCAUCCCCAAUUGGGCAUCCGAGAUUUCUGGACACGAUGAGAGGGGUAGGAUCGCAGCGUUCAACGGCUGGCUCAUCAUCUGGGGUGUUGUAAUUGCUUAUUGGGUGGGUUAUGCAUGCGCUGAUUAUAUGACCGAUAUGCAAUUUCGGUUCCCGAUAGCCUUGCAAAUUUUGUUCGGACUAUUGAUGGCGUUCAUGGUCGUGUUUCUCCCAGAAUCUCCAAGAUGGCUCAUCGCACAAGGCAGAGACGAAGAAGCAAAGGCCGUCCUCGAUUGGAUAACCCCUAUUCCCGAGAAUGCCGAAGAGCCACACGAAGUGACUAUCUCGAACCUAUGCAGCACGAUCAUACACGCACGAGAAGUGGAGAAAAGUGCCGAGGGCGAUGUGUCUUUUGCUGAGCUUCUUCACGGCGGAAAGAUGCAGAAUUGGCGCCGAAUGUGUCUCUGCAUUGGCAUCAUGGCCUUCCAGCAGCUCAGUGGAAUCAACCUUCUCACAUACUACAUCUCAUACGUCCUCGAAAACUCCGUCGGACUAGACCGCAAGCUUUCACUUAUGAUUGGUGGCUUUAACGGAAUCGAAUACCUAUUCGCAGCCAUGAUACCAAUGUGGACUAUCGAGAAGAUUGGAAGAAGGAAACUGCUACUCAUCAGUGCGGCCGCAAUGGGCAUAGUCGCAGUGGCCUGCUUUUUCCUGUUCAACACUUUCUACGCUCAGGGAUUCCUGGCCAUCCCUUUCUUCUACCCCGCAGAGAUCACCAACCUGCGUACCCGCAGCCGUGGCGUGUCCCUCUCGGUUAUGAGCAACUGGAUCUUCACAUUUUUGGUCGUCAUGAUUACUCCCGUCGCAACGACUAGUAUCAGUUGGAGAACCUACGUGAUAUUCGCGGUCCUCAAUGCGAGCUUCAUCCCGAUGAUCUACUUCUUCCUACCAGAAACCACUGGGCUGUCCUUGGAGGCUCUGGACAACAUCUUCAACUGCGGCGGCAUCACCAGAGGUGUAAUGAACAAGCAGCAUCGCAAAAGAAUGAUUGAAAUUUCUUCUCAACUCGACGACAAUACCGAUGUGAAAGACCACACUGUGGUCAACGAGGAAGUCAAGGCACAAACUAGUACAAAGGAUGACGAUGGGUGUUUUGUGCUCGUCGUCGAUGAGCACGGGAACUGUCUCGUCGGCGUUUCUGAGGUCGCUCUUGCCACUGCUGGCGACGCGUUCAAAAAAUUUGUGUUUGCGAAAGAAUAA